UUUAAAAUGAUCGUAUAUAUACAUAGAGCGUAGGGUGUUCUCUAGUGUCCGUUUUUGCUUGAAUUUCUGACAGAAGUAUUGAGAAGGAAAACAAAACCAGGUGUUUGUCGUUGUUUUUAUCCCUGUUAAGACGCUGCCGAUUUUGAUCCCACCAUGGACGAUUUGCAGAAUUAUAAGCUACAGCUUCAACAGGUGGAAGCAGCGCUUACCACGGACCCCACUAACGAAGAACUCCUGAAAUUGAAAAUUGAUCUCGAAGAAGUAAUAGAGCUGACACAUGAUUUAAUUAAAUCACAACAGCAGGAAAAAAGGCAAGCCAAUGGCAUGGAUGCUAAAGAUCCUAUUUUACUUGCAGUUCUGGCCAAUAAGUGGAAGGUUGGUGAUCAGUGCAUGGCACCCUGGAGCGAGGAUGGCAAAUAUUAUGAAGCAACCAUAGAUGCAAUAAGUGAAGAUGGUGUUGUCAAUAUAACAUUUAAUGAAUAUAAGAAUACAGAUGUCACAAUGCUUAGUCAAUUAAAGUCCGUAGCUAAAAGGCCAGCAUCAGAUUGGGCAGAUCAAAAAUCAAAGAAAAGAAAAAUGCAAGCUGCUGCAGUAGCAGGCUCAGAUCCUAAUAAACAAAGGGAAUACCUAAAAAAAAAGAAACAGAGGAAACUUCAGCGAUUUAAGGAACUUGAAGAAGAACGAGAAAUGGAAAAAAAUAAAUGGCUAGCAUUUACAAACAAGUCUUCGAAGAAGGGUGUAAUUAAAAAGAGUAUAUUUGCAACGCCGGAAAAUGUGAAUGGUCGAGUUGGAAUCGGUACCUGCGGCGUGAGCGGCCGGGAAAUGACUAAAUUCAGUAAUGGUGAAAAAUGGAGAAGGGGAGCAUGAAUGCUAUUGUAAAUAUACGAUUUAAUAAUUUGUGAGAUAGAACUAUCGAUUAUUAUUAUUAUUACGAUGAAUUCAGUUUUCGAAAAAGGUGAAUAAAAUGUAUGUAUGUCUUGUGUUGUGAGAAUGUUCCCAAGUAUGUAAAGAGAGAGAAUGUUUAGUGGUAUUUGUAGAUUGCGUGUAGUCAUUAUGUUAUAAGCGGGUAACGACCUCAAAUAAAUCCGAAAGGUAUUUGGAUUUUCUAUCUUUACGAGUGAAUGAUUGUCGCGAAUGAAUGUGUUUCUAGAUUAAUACAUUUAUGUGGGUAUGAUUUGUUUAUAAUCUAUACUAUAAUGGACACGAAUAAAUGUAUAUUUUAAAGUCA